UACAACAACUUGUAUCAAUCCAAUCCCAAAAGUACUGAAAUGAGGAGGGUGACAAGGUUGACCAUCUCGACCAGAGAAGAUGAAAUUUCUAGGAUAGAGAGAACAGAAAUUAGAUACCCCUUGUUGGGUGAGAAAGCUAACAAGCUUCAAAAAUGUGCAUCCAUGAUCCAUUUGCUAUUGAUAAGGUUUGCAUCUGACAAGCUAACAAGCUUGAAGGAAAGUAUCCCAAAGUUGUUUUUUAUGAACAGAAGAUACUGGGAUGCAAAUGGAUACUGGAAAAGAAGGUUUUAGUGCUUUAAAUUUCUCCAUCUUCAUCCUGUUGCUGUUCAGCUUGCUUCCAUUACAGUGUUGUUCUCAAGUUCAUGACAUAACUCCGUCGCGACCAUUAGCAGAGGGACAAACUAUUGUCUCCCCAGGCAACUUAUUCGAGUUGGGAUUCUUCAGUCCUAAUAAUUCUGCUGCUAAUAAAUAUGUGGGGAUAUGGUACCAGAAUAUACUUCCUCGUAAAGUUGUAUGGGUGGCCAACAGAGAAAAGCCUCUUGCAGUUGCAGAUACCGUGGCUAGUUUGAGAAUUAGCCGCAAUGGGACUCUGGAACUUGUAGAUGGGAAGCAGAAUUCUGUUUGGUCAAAUAAUGUUUCAGUGCCAUCUAAUGGGUCAGCAGCCGCCCUUCUUUUAGACGAUGGAAACUUUGUUGUCAAAGUCAAUGCAGGAGCAGCUGAUCAUUUGUGGGAGAGCUUUGAUUAUCCUAGUGACACACUUCUACCUAGUAUGCUGCUGGGAUUUGAUAGUAAAUCAGGAAAGAGGAAUUUCUUGAGUGCCUGGAAAAGUGAGAGUGAUCCAUCAACUGGGAUAUUCUUGGCUGGAUUGAGACCAGAGGUGCCUUCACAGUUGGUGGUUUGGAUCAAUGGAUCAACUCUCAACUGGAGAAGCGGGCCAUGGGAUAAAUCAAAGUUCAUCGGCGUACCCGAAAUGGAUGAUCAAUAUCAAAGUGGAUUUUAUCUAGAUGAAAAUGCGCAACUGGGAACAAAGUAUUUCUCUUUUAGUUUAUUUGACAAAACUGUGGCAGCAUAUAUGGACAUCUCUUCAGAGGGUGUACUAAAGCUUAUCUAUUCGACACAUGGUGAGAACUGGAAUACUUUCUGGGAAGCCCCAAAGAGUCCAUGUGACAAUUAUGGAGCAUGUGGACCUUUUGGGGCUUGCAAAGCUUCUGAAUCUCCAAUCUGCAAGUGUUUGAAAGGGUUUGUUCCCAAGUCACUUGAGGAAUGGAGCAAAGGAAACAGGGCAGGAGGGUGUGUGAGGAAAACCAAAUUGUUUUGUGAGAGUAACACAAAUCAGUCAGUUGGUUCGAGAGGAAAUGACGAUGGGUUUUGGAAGAUGUCAAGAGUAAAACUACCAGAUUUUCAUGAGUAUAUUUCGUCUUUGAGUACUGAAAACUGCAGGAGACAGUGUCUAGAUAAUUGUUCUUGCUUGGCCUAUACAUAUGUUAAUAAUAUAGGGUGUUUGGUCUGGUCCAAAGACAUUAUUGAUGUUGAGGAGUUUUCAUCUGCUGGACAAGAUCUUUUUAUUCGCCUACGCACAGAAUCUGGUGAAGGAAAGCGAACAAGGUUAAUUGUUAGCCUCACAGUAGCUAUUUGUUUUAUGUGUGUCUUGGCUGCCAUAGUGUUCAUUUUGCACAGGUUGCGAGCAAAACAAACGGGAAACAUCAAAGUAACAAGAAAGUUCAUUGAAUUGAAUGAUACCAUUGGGAAUUCAAGUAACACUCUUCAAGAAUAUAUCAGACGGCAUGAUCGGUCAGAGUUACUCAUCUAUAAUUUUGAUAACAUAUUACUUGCUACGAACAAUUUCAGUAUCACAAACAAACUCGGGGAAGGAGGAUUUGGCCCUGUUUACAAGGGUAAACUGCAAGAAGGGAAGGAAAUAGCAGUAAAAAGACUAUCUAGUAGCUCAGGGCAAGGCAUAGAAGAGUUCAAGAAUGAGAUGCUGUUGAUCUCCAAAAUGCAACAUAAAAAUCUCGUUAGGAUCAUGGGCUGCUCUGUCCAGGAUGAUGAGAAGUUACUAAUUUACGAGUUCAUGCCAAAUGGAAGCUUGGAUACUCUUCUAUUCAAUCCAAUGACAGGAGGAGCAGUGCUUGAUUGGGGUCGACGCUUCAAGAUUAUUCAGGGUGUUGCUAGAGGGCUUCUUUAUCUCCACCAUGAUUCCUGUUUGAAGGUAAUACAUAGAGACUUGAAGGUCAGUAACAUUCUCUUGGAUGAGAACAUGAACCCAAAAAUUUCAGAUUUUGGAUUGGCACGUAUCGUUCAAAGCACGCAGAGUCUAGCAAAUACUCACAAGGUUGUGGGAACAAUGAGGGGGCUAGGGUGGCUAGGCGGUCUAGGCGGUCGGUGGGCAGGAGCUAGGCGAUCUAGGCGGUCACUAGGCGGGCGCUAGGCUGUCUAGGAAGGCGGGCUAGGCUGUCUCUAGCGCCUGGAGAAAAACAAACGCCAUUUUGGAAUCUCCAAGGUCAUGACGAGAUGACGAUGGUGCUAUGAGCCAGAGAGAGAUGAGGAUUGAAAAAGAAGAGAGGUCAUGGGUUAUGUCUGAGCAAGAGAGAGGGGCUGGAAGACGGCUCGUGUUAGAGUUAGGGUUUGAGAAGGAAAAUUGCAUUUAUAUGUUGUUGAAACAAAGAAGAAAAAAAAGAAAAAAGAAAGAGAGACGGGCCCCCAUUACUCCUCUAGGCAUUAGACCCCUGCCUGCAGCCCGCCUACCACCUUGUUUCGAACAUUGGGCUUGACAUGUUGGUAAAUCAAGCUGUACCAGCGCUUCAAUCUACUACCCUUGCAAUUUUAACUAACUCCUCUUCCCUUCUGUUUGUGUUCAUAAUUAACCGAAAAUUAGUUGCAUAGCAUAGCAUCUAGAUUUAACUUUUCUAGUAUCAUUUUUCUCAAGACUAUAAACAAAGAAGCAAUUUUGUCAAUUUAAUACUACUCAAUUGAUUGUAUAGUGGCUAUAUGUCUCCGGAGUAUGCCAUGGGCGGGAUGUUUUCUGAAAAAUCUGAUGUCUAUAGCUUUGGGGUCUUGCUGUUGG